GCCCCCAGCCAAGGGGAUCCCAACAUUCAGCAUCAGGAGCGAUCGGCAAUUUAACCCUAUCGCGACCGUCGCAACUGAAAAAACACAAUUGCGUGUCUGGGGUUCUCCGGUUCAGAUCUUUGCAGGAAGGAAGGAAGGAUAAAAAAAUGUCAAAUAACUGCGUGAUUGAAGCUAUGUUCCUUUGUGUGACUGCAACACAUGUAAAUACAGCAUCUGUAUCAAAAGUAGCUAGUCCAUUGCCUGUGCUUCAAUCAAAUGCCAGAUCUCCAAAAUGCAAGGGAUCGCCUUUCUCAUUUUAUAUUAUUCAAAAAAUGCUUGAAAGAACGAAGAGAGGAAAACUAAAAAGAAAAAGACUGACCAAAACUUACAUUGGAUCUCCAAGUAAUUUCAAACAUCUGUGUCACAUUGGAUGGAGCCCCCAAACAGAUUUUGUUACCAAUAUAGAGCCGGAAUUAAAGAUGAUAUUUACUCAAGCUGGUAUAACACAAGAUCACCUGAAGGACAAGAGAACGUCAAAAAAGAUUUUUGAAACAAUUGAGAAUCAAGGGGGAAUCCAAACUGUUUUAAAAGAGACAAAAGAAUCACGUGGAUUAGAAUGUAAUGAAGACCUUCCUUCCGUAGUCCUAGCUCAAUUACCCUGCAUGUCUCCUUCCAAAAAGACAUCCCACCAUAAUUUGAUCCAAAGCUUGAAGGAAGAGCAUCUGAAAAGGGCACACAGUGACUAUCACCUAACUCCGGUCAGUCAAGAAGAUCUAAUUUGUCAGAUCAAAAAAGGAACACCGGAAUUAAAACCGGUGGCUGAAAAUCAACUUUCCAAAGAUGAAGGAAUAGUAGCAGCACUUAAGGAUGUAAUUCAGAAGAGGCACACAGCAAUACCUGCUUCAGGUAAUGAAGAGUUUCAAUCUGACUUGGAGUAUGAAGAUGAAUGGGAUGACUAAAAUAGUGCUGUCAGAAGCAGCACUACUUGAUCUUUCUAUAUUGCAUUUAUAACUUGACUUUUUAACAUGCUAAUAAAAUGUUUUCCUAUUUUUCCAG